AAUUGCAUAAGUAUUCGCCCCUUCAACUCGGGAUUUAAUGGAUGCAGUUUGAACGGGGCACGACUGCGCAAGUCGGCCAGUGAGAACAGUGGGAAGAGUUUAAAAGGAAGACAGAUUUACAGAGCCGGCAUCAGAGGAGCCGGAGACAGAGUAGGAAGGCUUUGGCUCAACGGGGCUUCGGCGAUAACGGGUCAAGGCGAGCAGCCAGUCGGAGGUCAGGAGCGAGAGAAGAACUGAUUGAGCAGAAUGACAGAGGUACCAGUCAGCCACAAUGAGCCAGCAUCAGACUGCAUUCCGCCUCUGAGUAUAUUCACCAUCAUUGUUUGCGUCCUGACAUGCAUCCUGGGGCUGCUUGGCAACGGCCUGGUCAUCUAUGUCAGCACGCGCGAGCUGAAAGUCACGGUGAACACGGUUUGGUUCCUGAGUCUGGCUGUGGCCGACUUCACGUUCACCCUGCUGUUGCCGUUUUACAUCACCUCCCUCACCAUGAGUCACCACUGGCCCUUCGGCCGCUUCUUCUGUAAGACGCACAGCUUCCUAGCGGUCCUCACCAUGUACGCCAGUGCCUUCACUGUGACCCUGGUCAGCCUGGACCGCUGCUGCUCCAUCCUGUGGCCGGUCUGGUCCCAGAACCACCGCAGACUGCCGCUGGCUCGCCGCGUCUCCCUGCUCGCCUGGGUUGCAGCCACUGCUUUGGCCGUCCCCACCUGGACCUAUCGGGACGUAGUUACGGUAAACGGGACAGUCUCCUGUCACAUGAAUAUGUGGCACACCCAUGAGGAGACCCGUCUGGACGAGGCCUAUGAAAGCGAUAUCUUGUACUAUGACGUGUAUGAUGAGCUGAAGGUUGUAAGGUCUUCCAGACAAGUUGGCUUGGUGGUCUCUCAGGUCGUCCUGGGCUUCUUCAUCCCAUUUCUGAUCAUUGCCAUCUCUUACACCCUGGUUGGGCUGCAGGUCAGGAUUCACGGGAGGCCUGGGCGCAACAAGCCCUACAAGAUCAUGGCAACCGUAGUCUUGGCCUUUGUCCUCUGCUUGCUCCCCCUGCAGGUAUUCAAGCUAUUGGAACUGGUCUGGUCUGAGUACCUACCCCAUAAUUUCCUGAGACUGGGAAUGCCCCUGGCCUCUGCGCUGGCAUUCUUCAACAGCUGCCUGAACCCCAUCCUGUACUUCACGAUGGGCCGAAGGAUCCACAUUGGCCUUGAGGUGAAGACAGCACUGCGGGUAGCACUGGGGGAGGAGUCUGCAUCCAGCCGCUACAGUAGGAGGGACAGCAGAUCAACGUCACUGGUCCGGGAAGCCAGUGUCACUGUCUGACCUCUCCCUACCGUCAGAUCCCUCUCCGCCAUCAGACCGCUACUUGUCAUUGGACCUCUCGCCCCUUUCAGAGUCCUGACCCCCUCCUCACCGUCUGACCUCACUGCUCCGUCAGAACCUCCACAUCAUCGCUGGGCUCCUCUCCAACAGCAGACCACUCCCCACUGCUCAUUGUUGGAACCCACCCCAUCAUCACACCAUCUUCAAAGGCACACACCACUCGAGGAUGGGUCUCCCUCAUUCUCUCACACACAACAUGCCCCUCAAACACAGACAAACUCUCUCUCAGACACUCACACAAUCUCUAUUCCAUGCACACACCAUAUCUCUCUCUCACACACACACACACACACACACACACACACACACACAGACACACACACAGACACACACACAGACACACACACACACACACACA